AUGAAGUUCGGUAAAACAUAUGUGACCCAUCAGAUUCCAGAAUGGUCUAUCUAUUAUAUGAACUACAAGCAACUUAAAAAGAUAAUCAAGUCAAUCGAUUCUGCUGCCAAUACCAAUGUCGAUGAAAGUAAAUAUCCAGAAGUUAUCUCCGACACAUUAGGAUCCUUCUUCUAUGAUUUAGAUAGAGAUAUAGAGAAGGUGGAUUCGUUUUACAACACCAAAUUUAAGGAGUAUAAUCGUCGUUUGAAUAAGAUCUUCCAAGUUUUAGGUUACCAAGAUGGGCAGAUCACACAUAAUAUCGAAUCAAGCGAGGAAUUAGACGAAAUCAUCAACAUUUUAAUAGAACUAAAGAGUCUAUUCCGAAACUUGAAAUGGUUUGCUGAAUUAAACCAUAAAGGAUUUAUCAAGAUCUUGAAGAAGUUAGAUAAGAAAUUGACUUCGAUUUUAAGCCAGCAUAGCGGUGUUUCGGUUGGUGGUGUUUCUAAUCAUAACCAAGAAGCUUAUAUGGGUAGUAGAAUCAAUGCCUUGCCCUUUGCAAAUGGCACAGAGGCUUCCAAUUGUUUGGAUAGUAUUCAUCAUAUUUUAUCGAGAAUCGAAACCAGAAACGAUGUCGUCCAGGAAACUAUCCCAGUUGAAAACAACGAAACUUCAAUAAGUGCUCUCAUUAAAAAUGACGACUUUGAAGGAUUGAAGAAACAUAUCACUAUUAAAAGUUCUCAAAAGUUCUUGAUAUCCACUUUAAACAAAGCUGCAUUGGCUAAUUCCACCAAAUGUAUUGACGUUAUUUGGAAUCAACUUGAUAUGUUAUAUGAUGAUUCCGAUUUCAACGGUAGAAACUUUUUCCACCAGCAUAUUAUUAGUUUAGGAAAAGCUCAGUUCAUUAGAGAGGAACAAAUUGUCCCUGGAGAAGUAACAAAUAGACUUAUUGGAGGUGAUAAUGGUCCUGAUAACAGUAAUAAAAACGACAACCCUAUUGGAUUACUUUACAUUCUCAACAAAUUGAAACAUAAAAGGUUGAUUUUGGCUGAAGAUCAUUACCACCGUACACCAUUGCAUUAUGCUUCUCAAUAUGGGUUGGUUGAAGUAACAAGAUAUUUAGUAGAGUUUGGGGUUAAAUGGGGAUUGAUUAAUACAUCGAUUUCUAUAGAUGAUGUUAGUAUUUGGGGAGACCAAGAAGGGUUAACACCUUUACACUUGUCAAUUAUAGGUAAACAUCCUAAAACCACUGAAACUUUGCUCGGUUUCAACAAGGCGCAAACUUUGACAUGCCCCAAUUUAUUGUUGUUGGCAGUUCGUUUGAAUUCACCGCAAAUUUUAAACUCCCUUAUCGUUGAAGGUAACAUUGAUGUCAACUACACCGAUAUAGAUCAUCGUAAUGAGACUGCUUUAUACAUUGCUUCUAAAUUGAAUCAUCCUGAUUUGGUUGAGUUUCUAUUAGAAUCAAAUGCAAACACUGAGAUUGGGGAAAAUGUAUUCGGUUGGACACCAAUUUUCAUUGCUGCCAGUGAAGGAUUCAUGACGAUCGUUAAAUUAUUAAAAGAAUAUGGCGCCUCGUAUGAUAUCGUGGACGAUUCAGGCUGGUUACCAAUGGAACAUGCCUGUCUUAGAGGUCAUUUGGAUGUCACUGAUCUUUUGCUUCCUAAGAAUGAAAAAUUAUUGUUGUACGACAUGUACCACCCAGAAAACAAUUUGCCAAGAAUACCAAGUCUUGCUGCUAGUCCUGUGUUAACUGGUUCAGAUGAUGGAACUGUUUCGACCUCUAGUAUCGAUAAACUCCCUGAACCACAAAAAAACACGGUUAAUCAAUUCUAUAAGCAAUUGAAGAAUAAUUCUUCAAACAACGUUUCCAGAUCGACAUCACCAAAACGUAACAAGAGAUAUAAACCAGUGAAAUCUUUUGGUCACCGAUAUUUGAAUGAAGAUGAAUCUUUGAUAUUGCUUACUUUGGGUACUACCGAUUUGCGUGACACCAAUGUCCCUGUUGAAUUAAACAAAGUCUCUUUAGCUAAGAGUUUUGCUACCGAAUUGGAUACUGCUUUAUCAUUAUCAAUUACUUGUCGUCAUAAAUUGACAAAUAAUCCAGUGGAACCGCCCGUGGUUGUUGAUUUACCAUUAGAAGAUUUCCAUGGAAGUGCCACCGAUCCUAUUUCAUUUAAGUUAUCAAAUGAUUUGACUGUGAAUGAUGUGAUAAUUACUUUUGAUAUAAUUCCAACUUAUCAAGUUAACAAAAAGGUGAUCGGAAGAGCAAUCGCGUUACUUAAAGAUGCAUACACCAAAGUAGGACCAAAUUUGCGCUCAUUAAAUAAUAGCAUUGCUAUUCCAAUAAUUGAAUCAACAAACCUUGACAUUUUAGGGACAAUCAGAUUUGAAUACUUGCAAGUCUUACCUUUCAAACACAAAGCUAUGAGUAUUGCAAGAAGCGACACUUACUGGAAACAGCUUGUGUCCACUAGAGUAAUCGGUCAUCGUGGUUUAGGUAAAAACUUGAGUGGCAAGAAAUCAUUGCAAUUGGGUGAAAACACUGUUGAAUCAUUUAUUGCUGCUGCAUCAUUGGGUGCUUCCUAUGUUGAGUUUGAUGUUCAAUUAACAAAAGAUCAUGUCCCUGUUGUUUACCAUGAUUUCACUGUUGCAGAGUCUGGGGUGGAUAUUCCAAUGCAUUUGUUAACUUUAGAGCAAUUUAUGGGAUUUAAUACACCCACAGAAAAACCCACUCAUACAGUUGAUGACGAAGUUUUAACUAGGGGGAAACAGAGAGCUCAAUCAUCGUAUCAAUUGUCAAAUAAUCACAAUGACGAUAUUGAGAAAGAGUUUGCUAAUCAAAGGGAUGAAAGAAUGAAAUUCACUAAAACAUGGAAAAACCAAGGUUAUAAAGGGAAUUUGAGAGGUUCAUCUGUUGCUUCUAAUUUUGUCACAUUGCGAGAACUUUUCCGUAAAUUACCAAAUAAUGUUGGUUUCAACAUAGAAGUGAAAUAUCCUAUGUUGGAUGAAGCUCAAUUAGAAGAUAUGGGAGAAAUUGGUGUCGAUUUGAAUUUUUUCGUUGAUACCAUUUUGAAAGUUAUAUACGAUGAAAACACCACUGGAAGAGACAUUGUAUUUUCUUCGUUCCAUCCAGAUAUUUGUUUAUUGUUAUCAUUGAAACAACCAACCAUGCCGGUUUUGUUUUUGACAGAAGCUGGUACAGCACCGAUGUAUGAUAUUAGAGCAAGUUCUUUGCAGAAUGCUGUCAGAUUUUCUAAAAAAUGGAAUUUGUUGGGUAUUGUAUCCAAUGCAUUGGCAUUAAUCAAAACACCUAGAUUGGCCCAAGUUGUUAAAUCGAUGGGAUUGGUUUGUGUUACCUAUGGUACUGAGAACAACGAACCCGAAUUGGCUAAAAUUCAAAUGAGAGCUGGUGUUGAUGCUGUCAUUGUGGAUAGUGUUUUAGCAGUUAGAGAAGGAUUAAGGGAACAUAAUGAAACCAUGAAUGAGUUUGAGGAUUCCCCUACUGAAUAG